AUGCCAUCGGGGUUCCCCUAUGGCUGGCCAGGCUAUGGGACGACAACUGUCUCCAUGAUCGGUGCCCAGCAGAUCCCAAUCGAGGGCGAGAAGUUGCAGCAGAUUGAGCAGCCGAUGGACAUCCCCACCGCGCCGAUGGGGAAGAUGCUUACCCGCCAGGUGUCGGCGGUGGUGCGGCUGCAGGCUGUUGCGCGUGGCCUCCUAGCGUGUCGGCGGGUGCGGGAGAUACGUGAUCUUCAGUUGAUUCAGCCUUACACCCCUUCGUAG